AUGUCUACAAAAGAAAACUUACCUUUUGUCCAUACUUGGGUGAUAAAGGAUUUUCAACAUUUCUAUGAUAAACAAAAUUUGUUGCGUUUUAUAAUAAGUGAACCUUUUAAUUCACCGUUUUCAAUUAAUUCAAGUAAUGAAACAAACCUAGAAUAUACUUGGAGACUUAUUGUUGAUAUUGAAAAUAUUAGAGAGGAUAUAUCGUUGUAUAUUGUAGCAUUGCAAACAGAUUUUGAAAGGAAAAAGAACGCAAACGAUAGAAUUUCAGUUUUUGAGUUCAAAGUAUUUAAGAAUCAAUAUGGAAACAAGAAUCUGGUUGAAGAAUUAGGAACGUUGAAUAAAAUUUCAUUUAUUCAUAAAACAAGAUUUGGAAUUAAAAACGCACAUGGAGGAAAACUAUGUAAGAUCGAUCAGUUACUUCCAAAUAAUAAUACAUCUAUAAGAACAGAUAUUAUUAUUCGUGCUCACAUAAUUGAACCUGAACGAGUACAACUAAAUGACUUCAAUGACAACAACACAAUUCCACCUUUAUUACUUUCGCCUUCAUUGGAACAAUUUUUUAAUAAUCCACAUUUCAGCGAUGUUAUAUUUACAUUUGAUUGUGGAUCAGAAUUGAGCGCGUCUCGUCUUGUCCUUGCAGCUAAAUCAACUUAUUUCAUGAAUAUGUUCUCAGGUGCAUGGUUAGAAUCAAAUCAAUCAAGGAUUGUCAUUAAAGGUUCAAAAUAUGAAUAUUAUAGGGAAUUGAUUUAUUAUUUUUAUAACGGUUCGCUUGGUUCUGAUUUAGAUUUUGAUGUACUAAAGGGUCUGUUUAACGAGGCCAAUAUGUGUCAAAUUGAAGAUUUGGUUAGAAUCGUUGCAAAUAGGAUUGUAAAAAUGAUUUCGAAUGAAAUUUGGCAUGAAAUUUUGCUAAUGGGCUGGCGAUUUAAUAACAACGAUUUAAAGGAAGGAGGGCUAAAAUAUGUAUAUGAAAAUUGGAUGAAUAUAAAAGAUACGGAAAACAUGAAAUUUAUAAUAGAGAAUUUGAAUGUCGAAUGUAUGGAAGAGUUAAUGGCGGCAAGAUUCUUUGGAGUCGGAAAAUAA